GCGAUAACAAGCGAUAAGCGAAUUUUCGGCACUUUUGGAACCCUCCUUGCCGGAUGCGCGGCGCUCGGAAGGAGCAGCGCUGCGUCUGCGAGGAAAACUGUAAGAGAAGCGAAAAAAAUAAACCAGCGGAGAAAGAACUCGCAUAUCUCCAUAUGUUUCUGCACCAUCAGGCAGGACAGUAACGCAACUCAAUUCGAGAGACGGCAAUUUUGCUUGCAUCAUUCAACCCCGCGUACGCGAGUUCGCUGUGCUCAACUCGGAGCUUAAGCUCGCCCUUCUGAGUGCGACCAAACAGCAAAAUGGCCAAAGGCAAACCCGGCUUGUCAGCCGCAUUUAAGGCGAUUGACCCCGCUUUGGACGCCUUGUUUUCCCAAAGUGCUGGAGCCGUCAAGACCCCCCCAAAAUCCCGCUAUGCAGAUCUGCUCCCGCAGAAGCCUAAAACGGCCUCGAAGGGCGAGGAAGACGAGGAAGAUAAAGACAAUUCCGAGAACGAGGAAUCGGAAGCUCCCGAGGAGGAACUUGAGGAGGAAUCCGGUGCCGAGUCAGAUGCUAGUAUGCCAUACGAAGAGGAGGACGAGAGCGAGAACGAGGACGACAGUGAUAACGAGGAGGAAGACGGAGAGGUGUCCGGCAAAGAUGAGUCGGAGGUCGACGGCGAGGCCGAUGCUUCGAGCGUGGAUGACGAGGCCGCAGCCGCUGAAAUCAUGGAGAGGGCUGUUUCAGGUGACAAACACCAGAAUGAGGGCCGGAAGCGGAAGCGGAAGCAACGAGACGACGAUGAAGCUCUUGAGGCCGAUUACUUGGAGCGCCUCACGAACGAAGAGAAGCCAUCCGUGAAGCGUCGCAAGGCGGACGCGAUAGCAGACAACAAAGCGGUUUCGGCAACGUCUUCUCCCGAAGAGGAGGACGAUGAUGAAUCUGGAGAUGAUGUGCCCGUUCACGAAUCGAUCGCCGCCGAUCCCACAGCGGCCGAACUAGAGAAGGCGAACCGCACUGUCUUCCUCAGUAACGUCUCGGUUGAAGCGAUCAAGUCACGCAAGGCUAAGAAGACGCUGCUCCGUCACCUGUCGUCUGUCCUCGACAAAAACGCGGAUCCGCCUCAGAAAGUAGAGUCCAUCCGAUUCCGUUCGACUCCCUUCCAGUCGGCCGGUAUACCGAAACGCGCGGCGUACAUCAAGAAGGAGGUUCUGGAGGCUACCACGAAAUCCACGAACGCCUACGUCGUCUACAGCACCACUGCGGCUUCUCGGCUCGCAGUGGCGCAGCUCAAUGGCACCAUCGUGCUUGACCGGCACCUCAGGGUCGACAGCGUGGCUCACCCGGCACCCAUUGACCAUCGCCGCUGCGUCUUCGUCGGCAAUCUGGGUUUCGUCGAUGACGAGACUGUGUAUAACACCAAGAUCGACGAGGAGGGCAAGGAAGUAGUUGUGAAGCGCAAGCGGACCAAGACACCCAUGGACGUGGAAGAAGGACUGUGGCGCGUCUUCGGGGAAGAAGCGGGCAAAGUCGAAAGUGUUCGCGUCGUAAGGGAUCCUGUCACUCGCGUGGGUAAAGGCUUUGCCUAUGUUCAGUUUUACGACGGCAACGCGGUCGAGUCCGCCAUCCUCCUCAAUGGCAAGAAGUUUCCGCCCAUGCUCCCGCGCGAGCUGCGCGUCAGCCGCUGCAAGGCCCCGCACAAGACGGCCCGCGCAAUGGAAGCCCGCAUGAGCGCCAAGCUGGACAAGAAGAAGGGCGGCCGCAAGGCCAAUGGCACCGACGCCGCCAGCUACGUUCCCAAAUUGACCGCCGAGGCCCAGACCCUCGCCGGCCGCGCGAGCAAACUGCUCGGCCGGUUCGGCGCGGCGAAGCUCACCGGCAAGCCCGCCGGCCCGGUCAACAAGAAGAGACAGGCGCGGAAGGAGCGGUUCUUGAACGGCGGCGGCACAGAAGGCGGCGAGAACGGCGGGAUCAAGGCGCCCGAGCAAUUCGUCUUUGAGGGGAAGCGAGCGAGCGCGAGGGACGGCAAGCCCAGGGACCUCAAGUUCAAGAAGACAAAGUCCAAGGCGGCCAAGGCUAAGCCCAAAGCUUCUAAGAAGAAGAAGAAGGCCAAGGCCAAGGCCGGGAAGGCCGGGAAGGCCGGGAAGUAAGUAGCACUUGGUAGUGUGAGGGCGAACUUGCGGUCGCU